AACACAGGAGUGAGACAGUGUGUGUGUUUAUUUUUGGCUCAGUGCGAGCGUGUCGAUGGCUGCCGAUGCGUCGCAAAGGAAAGCUCUGAGAUACCAGCAGACCCUGCUGUAUGGGGAAUACAGGGAGCAGCUGGGUAAUAUUGCCAGAAGGGAGGCCACACGUCUGUUGACUGAAAGGCAAUGGAGGAGACAUGCCGACAAUGUCUCUUCCGAUGGCCGAGCACAUCAUGCCAGCCUGGAGGCAGGGCCCAUGAAUACAGGAUUAAGCCACUCCUCCUCUAUAAAGAAGCCCCGCCCCUAUUCCACUUGUCAAGACUGUCUGGGCCGAAUCCAGAGGUACAUUGUGACAAAGCUGGGGGAGGACUGGAUCUUCUUGGUUCUUUUGGGUCUCACCAUGGCUUUGGUUAGCUGGAGCAUGGACUAUGCCAGUGCCAAGAGCCUACAAGCAUAUAAGUGGAUGUAUGGAGAGCUUAAGGGGAAUUUGGCUCUACAGUAUCUGGCCUGGGUUUCAUAUCCCAUCAUCCUUAUUGUGUUUGCAUCCCUCUUCUGCCACCUGGUCGCCCCACAAGCUAUAGGCUCUGGGAUCCCUGAACUCAAGACUAUUCUGAGAGGUGUUGUGUUAAAGGAGUAUCUCACACUCAAAGCUUUUGUGGCUAAAGUCAUUGGUCUUACGGCUGGUCUGGGCAGCGGCAUGCCCAUUGGAAAAGAGGGUCCUUUUGUGCAUAUUGCCAGUAUCUGUGCGGCAGUGUUGAGCCGGGUCAUGUCCAUCUUCACCGGUGUGUAUGAGAACCCUUAUAGUUACACAGACAUACUGACAGUAGGAUGUGCUGUUGGGGUGGGCUGCUGUUUUGGGACUCCCCUUGGAGGUGUGUUGUUCAGUAUUGAGGUCACGUCGACAUAUUUUGCAGUGAGGAAUUACUGGAGAGGAUAUUUUGCUGCCACAUUCAGUGCCUUCAUAUUCAGAGUUCUGUCAGUGUGGAACAAAGAUUCUGUCACAAUAACAGCACUGUUCCGUACAAACUUCCGUAUGGAUUUUCCCUUUGACCUGCAGGAACUGCCCGCAUUUGCAAUCAUCGGGAUCUCAUGUGGGUUUCUAGGGGCGUUCUUUGUCUAUCUGAACAGACAGGUCGUUCUGAUCAUGAGGAGACCAACAGCUCUCAAGCGCUUUCUCACAAAACACCGGUUGAUUUACCCCGGUGCCGUGACAUUAAUUAUAGCCUCCAUCACAUUUCCUCCAGGCUUCGGCCAAUUCAUGGCUGGAGAGUUGAUGCCCAGAGAAUGCAUUAAUUCUCUGUUUGAUAACUUUACCUGGACGAAGAUCUGGGGCUCCACAGCCCCGCCCGGACUGGGCCGCUCUGCUAUCUGGCUCCAUCCACAAGUCAGCGUCUUUGUCAUCCUCCUCCUCUUCUUCAUCAUGAAGUUCUGGAUGUCUGCAGUAUCUACAACAAUGCCAGUCCCUUCUGGAGCUUUCAUGCCUGUUUUUAUACUGGGAGCAGCAUUCGGCCGUUUGGUGGGUGAGAUCAUGGCCACACUCUUCCCAAAUGGAAUUCUGUUUGAUGGGAUCGUGUAUCAAAUCCUGCCUGGAGGCUAUGCUGUGAUCGGUGCAGCAGCUAUGACCGGGGCAGUCACACACACGGUUUCCACAGCAGUGAUCUGUUUUGAGCUGACGGGGCAGAUCUCACACAUCCUGCCCAUGAUGGUGGCCGUGAUUCUCGCCAACAUGGUGGCUCAGGGUCUCCAGCCUUCUCUUUAUGACUCCAUCAUCCAGGUCAAGAAACUGCCCUAUCUCCCUGAGCUCGGCAUUGGCCACAUCAGUAAAUACAAUAUCUUUGUGGAAGACAUCAUGGUGAAGAAAAUAAAGUUUUUGUCACCUCAGUCCACAUACAGAGAGCUGAAAGAACUGCUGGAGUCCACAUCUCUCAAAACCAUCCCGCUUGUCGACUCCAAAGAGUCAAUGAUUCUAUUGGGCUCCAUUGAGAGAUGUGAGCUUCAGGCUGCCUUUGAUUGGUGGCUCACAGCAGAAAGGCGGGUUUACAACCAGGGUGAGUGCGUGCCAAGCCCGGGGUCACGGGUCAGCUGGGAGUCCUUUGCCUUUGUGGAUGAGGAAGUUGGAAAGGAAAAUGGAGAGAAGGGUAACAGAGCCUCUGAAGAGCAUAACGGCCCACUGGGGUCUUCUAAAACCACAGACAUCUCCACUAAUCACACCGCAUUGGGUACUCUACAGUCCAUGCGGAGGACCCUUCGUCGCCUUUUCUCCUCCUCUUCCUCAUCUGGGGAGGCCGAGCUACAGAGCCCUGCAGCCCUCCCUGUAGCUGAUAACAUGACCCCUGAAGAGAUCAAAGCCUGGGAAGAGGAAGAGCUUGAUAAGCCGAUUGACAUUGAUCAGAUCCGUGUUGACCCCUCACCUUUUCAGCUGGUGGAGAGAACAUCUUUACAUAAGACUCACACCUUGUUCUCUCUUCUGGGUCUCAGUCAUGCUUAUGUAACCAGUAUUGGUAAACUUGUUGGGGUGGUUGCACUAAAAGAGCUCCAGAAAGCAAUCGAGGGUUCGACCCGUAGUGGAGUGCGACUGCGUCCCCCUCUGGCCAGUUUCAGAGAUGCACGACGCAAGGCCAAAAAGCCGUCCCAUUCCCCUUCCAUCCCGUCCUCUCCCACACGGGACAAAGAGUUGUGGAGCGAGAGCGUAACUACAAGAGAAACUAAAGACGAGUCCAGUGGUAGUAGUCUCCAGACAGCUGGGAAAAAGUGUAAUAUGGCCAUGGGCAACAACAGCAGAAGUAGCAUCAGUACAUCCCAGGAGCAAUUGCCGUCCCCUUCCACUUCCACAAUCCCUCUCUCUUCUCUUCAUUCUGUGCCUGAAGGAGAGGCGAAUGAUGUUAGAGACAGUGAUGAGGAGCCUUUAUAGGUCUUUUUUUUAUUUUCCUCAAAUUCAGCCCUCCAGGGGGAGGCAAACCAUAUUAUAGUGCUGCCUUUGAGCAGAACAUAGGCCGCAGUGGUGCACCACAGUCGUACCAUUGGACACGUUGGUGUUUGUGUGUUUUUGAAGGGAUUCUCUACUCUACAGAACUUUCUCUUUUUUUCAAGAUGUUUUUAUUCAAUUACAGCCUUUUUUUGUCGUCUAUACAUUUGUUUAAAUGGAAAGUCUGUCUGAAACAUCUCACUGAAUGUCUUCCCUCACUUCUUAUCCCAAUGUUUGACUAAUGUACUUGGUAUUCUCUGUCAUAUACUCUAGAAAGUGAAAAUGUAGAAUUGUUAUCUUAAAGGAAUAGCUCAUCCAAAAAAGAAAAUUCUGUAAUUACUUAUCACCUUCAUGUCGUUCCGAGCCCAUAUUUGUUUAGUGUUGCAGUGCAAUUGUUUAUAGUGAUUAUGUCCGACAAGCACCUAAUACAUAUAUUUAUACAACAGUUAGUUCCGGUCCUCAAACCUGAUUGGACGAGAGGUGUUUUAAGAGUGCUGAUAGCUCAGACCAUCAGCACUGGGAUGCUUUACUGUUUGUAUCACUCUGCUUGUGUUCAUGGCUUUCCAAACUAAAGUGUAAGAGCAGUGCAAAUAAGUAAGAGCUGUGCAGAUGUGUGAAUUUUCAUUCAUCCCUGCGAUAUUAAAGAUUUGAGCCAGCAAGUGGCGACAUAAGACCGUCUUGUGCAUGUUAUGAGCUACUUGAGCUGUUGUUGAAAGUCUGCUUUCAAUUAAUGCAUAAAUUUCUUUGAAGUCAUCCAGAAUUGUCUCCCACUCCAUGAUCGCUCAGAUUACUACUACACUAUAGCUGAGAAAUAGAGUUAAACUAACAGCUUCAGCAUUACUGUCGAUCACAGUUGAAAGUCGCAACAGACGGAGUUAUCAAACAUGAUCAGGGCAUCUACUUGAAACAUGUUUCCGAGUUGAGAGAAGAAGUAAACUUUGAACAUGGGUGAGGAGAGAAGGCUUUCUGUGUCACAAAUAAGAGUUCACCAAGAAAUAUACAAGAAUGAAACUGGUGUCCUCCAUGUUUUCUCUCCAACAAUAAAAGACUUGAAUGUGAGUGAAAUAUCGGUAGGAUAAUUCAGAUAGCAUGUAUGGAAGCAUCACUCCUCGAUCAGAGGGGAUUACUAUCACACUACAGCUGAAGGAAUAGAGUUAAACUAACAGCUGCAGCAUGUUCAUCAUUGUAACAGAUGCAUGGUAUCACACGCUCAGUCACUUACACUCUCUCUGUCACUUUAAAGCUGAUUUUCCAAAUGGUUUACUACAUAAUUUAAGCUACAAAGUCAUUAUUUUUGAAUAUUUGUUUGAUUAUUAUAAGUACUAAUGAAUAUGAGAUUAAUUUUUAUUUAUACUUGUGUUGUUUUAAUGGUCUCAUUAGCAUGCAGACUUUUAACAUGUUGCUCAUUAGCAUACAAUUUCGCAACGUCUUAAAAAUACACAAAGUGCGCAAUACUGCU